GCUUUUUUACCGUUUCUAAUAUUUGUGUUCAUAUGAACGCUUAAAAAUCACCUGUCAGUGGUACUCCCUGUCUUUUGAACGUGUAGUAAAAAUGAAUAUAAAUCCAAAAGUAUUAGCAAUUGCCAUUUCUGUUGCGAGAAGACGAAAAAUGAAACUUAAAUCAUUUUGGGUACAUCCUCUUAAUGACAAUAGAUAUUUAAAAGGCCAGUUUGUGUCACUAUAUGAAGAUCUGAGGAUGUAUCCUGACAAAUUUUUUAACUAUUUUCGAAUGUCAAUAAACACAUUUGAUGAAUUAUUGGCACUCGUGAGCCCACGAAUAACUCUUCAAGACACCAAUAUGAGGAUUGCAAUACCAGCUGUGCAGAGAUUAGCUGUGACACUGAGGUUUCUUGCGACUGGCAACAGUUUCCAUGAUUUACAUUAUCAGUUUCUAAUGGGAGUGUCAACCAUACAUUACAUUAUCAAACAAGUCUGUGAUGCUAUAUGGGAUUGUUUAAUGCCUAUUUAUAUGGAGGAAAAAACCAGCGAGGACUUCAGAAAAAUAUCACAAGAAUUUUAUCUACGCACCAACUUUCCUAACCUGAUAGGAGUUGUUGAUGGCAAACACAUAGAAAUAACAAAGCCUAAUCAAAGUGGAUCACUAUUUUACAAUUAUAAAAACUAUUUUUCUCUCAUUUUAAUGGCAAUUUGUGAUGCUAAUUAUAGCUUUAUUUGCAUUGAAGUAGGGGCGUAUGGUGGCUCCACAGAUUCAAAUGUAUUCAAAAACACAUCAUUUAAUAGACAAUUAGAAUCAGGGCAAAUAGAAUUGCCACAACCGGAACGACUACCAAAUGACAUUAAUGGAAAACCAAUGCCCUAUGUAUUGAUAGGCGAUGAGGCCUUCGCUUUGUCUGAAAAUGUUUUAAGACCAUAUCCAAGUCGUAACUUGACUGUACUGCAACGU